AUGGACUCUCUCACCACCCACCCGUCCAACGCAACUCAGGCCAAGGCCUUCACUGCUCCCGGCAGCCUGUCCUUCCCUGGUGGCGCUGGCGAUCUGACCCCGCCGUCGUCCGAGAAGGACGUUCAGCAGAGCCAGAACGGCGGUAGUGCUGGCAAUGGGGUGAUGCCCGCUACGCCUGCUGCUACUCCCGGCGCCGCCAACGGUGUCUCGGGUAUCGUCCCCACUCUGCAGAACAUCGUUGCCACUGUCAACCUUGACUGUCGCUUAGACCUGAAGACGAUCGCGUUGCAUGCUCGCAAUGCCGAGUACAACCCGAAGCGUUUCGCGGCCGUCAUCAUGCGUAUUCGUGAACCCAAGACGACCGCCCUCAUCUUCGCCUCCGGCAAGAUGGUCGUGACCGGCGCGAAGUCCGAGGAUGACUCAAAGCUUGCAUCGCGCAAGUACGCUCGUAUCAUCCAGAAGCUCGGCUUCAACGCGAAGUUCACCGACUUCAAGAUCCAGAACAUCGUUGGUUCUUGCGACAUCAAGUUCCCGAUCCGUCUCGAGGGUUUGGCCAGCCGCCAUCACAACUUCAGCUCCUACGAGCCUGAAUUGUUCCCUGGUCUCAUCUACCGUAUGAUGAAGCCCAAGAUCGUCCUUUUGAUCUUCGUCUCCGGCAAAAUCGUCCUCACUGGCGCUAAGGUCCGCGAGGAGAUCUACCAGGCUUUCGAGCUGAUCUACCCGGUGUUGUCUGACUUCCGCAAGAGCUAA